GCGUCAGCUGUUCGUGUUACAUCACAACAAUAACAAAAGGGUGAGGUGGCGGCGACUCGGCCUCACUCCCCCGCCCGCUGCCAGUGAUCGUGGUGAGCUGCUCGUCUCUCCUCACACAAGAUGUCACUCGCCACCCUACAGGACGCCAAGCCAACGGUGCAGUUGGUGGAAGCAGAGAGUGCCCCGGGUGGCCACCAGCUGGUGAACCCGUACCGCACCAACAAAGUAGACAAAAUGGACCUGGUGGCCAUGGCAGAGGAGAUACAGAAGGCUGACUCCUUCGUGCACGCCAACGUCAGCAACAAGCUGCAGAUGAUUGCUGAGCAGGUGCGGUUCCUCCAGGAGCAGGCGAGGAAGGUGCUGAAGGAGGCAAAGGACAACGCUGACUUGCACCACGUGGCAUGCAACAUGGUCAAGAAGCCCGGCUCCCUCUACCACUUGUACUGCCGGCCCUCUGGCCAGCGAUACUUCUCUAUGCUCAGUCCUGAGGAAUGGGGAGCCUCCUGUCCACAUGAGUACCUGGGAACAUACCGAUUGGAAGCCGAUCGCUCCUGGACGCCUGCAGACAAGUUGGAAGAGAAGACCAUUGACCAGCAGAUGAUCAACAAAAUACUGACUUGCUCCAACACCUUAUCCAUAACCAUGGAUGAAAAGCAAUGAGAAACACUCAAUGCCUUAAUGAGGUAUGAGUGCUGUUCAGUGUGUGUGAGGCUGUGCUGAGCCAAGGCUGUGCUCACUUUGGCUAAUGACAGCAGUCACCUCACCCCAAUGACUCUAAGGCCUUAAACUUAAAUAAGGAAGGCCUCCACUUACAACAAACUUGUCCAUACACAAUUAUUAUAUUUAUUAUCAAUAUGGUUGAUGUAUUUAUUUGAUACAAAUGGGAAAAAUAUUAAAAAAAAUGUAACAUGCUCACUGGAGAAACCUUUAUUGAAAAAAGGUGACCUUGGCAGUCUGCUGGUGAGCAUCAGUAGAAGUGAUGCAAAGCAGACUGAUGCAGUGUUGCUCUCUGCAGGCUGGUGAAUGUUGCUCUUCCUCCAUAAGAGAGAAUAAUGGAAAAGGUUCUGACCACAUUGUGUAUAACACAAUAAAGAAACUGCCAACUGCAGUCAAUGAAAUACCUCCCACAUACAGUUGUAGAAUAAUUGUGAUGCCAUGUACCUCGUUACUACAAACACAGUUUGCAAACUUAAUACAGUAUAAAUAAUAA